AUGACUCAGCUGACAUUCUCCGACACGGAAGUGUUUUUGCUCCUGGUCAUUUCCACCUCCUUGGCUGUAUACGGUGGUGUGGUAUUUAUGUUACUCCUGGCCGCGACCAGCGUACCGCGACCUUGUCCUGCGAUUGGCUACUACGGUUCGGAUCCGUCGUUCAAAGAACGAGUCGGAUUGGCACUUUAUUGCCAACUGGCCAAGAUCGGAUUAAUGGUGAGUCCGGUUGGAUAUCAUCGAUGA